GUUUCCACUGAAGAUGGUGUUGCCGACCUCAUUUCUCUAGUGGAAGGUGAGAGAUGUCUUUGGGACACUUCAACUGAAGAUUAUCGAAAUAUAUAUAGGAAAGAAGAGGCUUGGAAUCGUAUCUAUAUGUAUAAAGUCCUGCGAGAUAACUAUCGGCGAAAUGCUGUCUACAAAAUCGGUGUCAAUAGCAAAAAACCAUGGUUUUUCGCGAAAUAUAUGAGGUUCCUGGACAAAGUGGAUGUUCAGGGUUCAGGAACUCUUCCAAUAUCUGACACGUCUCAAACUGGUCAAUGGGAGUUGGUCGAUUCAGCCUCGACGAGUUCACCGGAGACCGAAAAGUUUCGGGGGAGAAAACGUAUUGCUACUGAAGGAGAAGAAUCGAAGGGCGUGCAGGGUCCAUCGAACCCAGCAAAGAAGAAGACGGAUGAACCUGAACCUCGCGACAAGUUCAGCCAUUUUGGCAAUUUCGUUGCGGCUCAUCUUCGAGCGCUGCCGGAAGAAAUCUCGAGCGAUAAGAUCGAAAACUUGACAACAGUACUUCUUUACAAUGUGCUUGUUACAAAAAUCAAAGACGAAACAGCAUUUGAAGGAAGUUAA